AUGAAGAACCCACAUCUGUCUCAGCGAAUGGCACGACGGCUCUAUUUCUUCGGCGAGGCCAUCUUCUUCGUGAACUACGAGCCAGGCAAGACUAACUUUCUUGCUGACGCGCUGUCACGACGCCUGGAUUGCGACCCUCGGAUGGCACUGAGUUGUCAGGAUACUGACGACGACGAUGAGGACGAUCGUUGUGCAACGUGUGUUUCAUUGAACCUAACUCGGGUCACAUUCGAGUUUUGCUUCUUCGAUAAAAUCGUCGCGGCUUAG